AUGCAAACUUUGGACGUCUAUAAGAAGGAGGAAGGAAAAAUUUGGCAAAGAAAACCUUCUCCAUCUCCAGAGGAAGGGUAAGAUGGUAUUUAUCGGGUGUUUGAAUCACUCCAGCACGGCUGCUCAAAAAUAAGUUAACUAAGCUUUUAAACCUUUUCGUGUCAUUUGUUCAUUUCUAGUUUAAUUGUCUCCGUAAGCCAUUCCACUACCAGUGCCUUUUCAUUACAAGGAAGGAAUAUCAGAUUCCUUCGAACAGCGUUCAAUACAACUGGUGAAGCUUUUACCGCUGGUGAUCAUCAAGGAAACAUUUUCGUCUUCGACUUAGGGAAAAAUAGGUAAGUGAAUCGAAAUUAAAAAUCAAGUUCUGAUGAACAGCGGAAUGAACGAUCGCUAAGCUUGUAAGCCUGCCCAAUGUGUUUAAAUACAAUUGUUAUCAGGUGGAAAUGACGUUAAGGGUCUGCUUACAAUUAUUUCUUGAUGAUAAAGAUUCUACUUCAGUAUAUCUACCAAAAUUUUCUGAGUGAAACGCGUAAGAUUUUCGUCUUGUCAUGACUGGGAUUUCCGAAAACGUCCCAGCGACUUUCGGGGAUUUCCGACGACUUCCGAAGACUUCCGAAGAUAUUUCGACGACCUAUGAACACCUCCGAAGCUCAACAUAUACACCUAAAAACAUUAAACGUACUUGGUUGCCUGAGUUUAUAUCUGGGUUGGUCUGUCUCUGGAGGACUAGAUGGUGGAGCUUGUGAGAUGGAAUGCACAUGUUGUUGAAUAGCUUAGAGCAAGCUGCUUCUCUCCUACUGCCCAGGCUGGAGAGGUUGAAGCGACUGAGGUUGUUCUCAUAGUAGCACUCUCAUAAGUUCCCUCUUCUGAACCCUCUCAAUGUCCUUCCGGAGGUAUUUAGGUAAUGCAUGAUGAAAAACUGGCAAACAGUAUUCAAGAAUGGACCUAACACACGUAGGUGGAAUAUCGUCUCUACAGAGUAAGAUAAGAUAAAACACGUGUUUGUUUGCUUUCUUAAUGACCUCUUCAAUAUGAGCAUUUGUCAGCACUUUGGGCGUGGCUCACCUCUCCACAACAUGUAAUUUCGACAAUGGUGGUAUCGUCGACGUAUUUCCACAUUGACAUGUCUGGGAUGUUGAGAUUGUUGAUCAUCAGGAGGAAGAGCCAUGGUCCAAGUUUGGUCCCUUCGGAAACACCAGCAGGUACUUGGCCCCUCUCAGAAAGGCAGACUGACCCCAGCUUCACACGCUGUUUCCAGCUGGAUAGAAAGUCUAUAACCCAACACAAGACUCCACGAGGAAUGUCUAGUUUGAGGAUUAUAUGGUGAUCAAUAUUAUUAGAUCAAAGACUCUUCUGUAGUUGAACACCACAACACUUACAUGUACCACAGAACCGGUACCAUCAGUCGCCAUAGUCCAGUGAUGGAUCGUAGAUAAUAAGGCCAAAGUAGUCAAAGACUUAGGGAUUCCUCCAUCCUGAUCGCGGGAUACCCACUUAAUAACUAUUGUCUUUUCAGCAACUGUAGGAGUGCACUCGUCUUACUCACUUAGCUUUAAAUAUUUCGCAUAACAGAACAAUGAAGUCCUGUGCGACUGCAGGAGUAGUUUUUCAAGUAAGGGAUUUUGUGGGCUGGGUAUUCUGCAAUCGCUCCAAAAUAAAAUGAUAAAACUGUUAUUAUAAAAAAAUUGCUCCUUUGAUGUAUUGAGUAACUGAAAAAAAGAAUCUAAAAAAUCCAACACCAAAUUUCCGCACCUUAACAAGGUUAGUUGUACUUUAUUUGCAGAACUACACAACCAAGAUAUGUGGGCACUACCACAUGAACAACACAUGAACAAAUCUUCAGAUUGUUUUGAAUACCCUACUUAAAUUAAGGCACCUAAAAUACUCGCCAAAUUUCCUACUGCAAAAAAUCCGGUAACCAAAAAUUUCAAACCCCAAAAAUCCUUCUAUCAUCCCGGUUACUUGAAAUACAGAGUACAUGUACCCUUUCUGGGUAUAUACUCAGACACCUCUACAUAAAUAUGUAUCAAGUGGACUCUAUCAAACUUCCUGUGGGUGUCUACUUAACCCUUGAAGCCCUGAUAUCCACUUACAAAUUCUCCUAACUGAUCAAAGGAUUUUCCUUGGUUGAUCAUUGUAUUAAUUCUCAUAACCUUUUCUCUUGAUUGUGUAUUCAAGUGAUAUUGUAAGGAGAAAAUCAAUGUUGGUCACUCUUGGGACUUACAGGGUUAAUACUGGUUUUGCUGUUUUAUUAAAAAAAAUGAACCAAAGAUAUGAAGUAAAUCUGUACACUGUACAUACUUACUUUAUUCACUUUCCUCCUUCAGGUUUUCAUUGAUUCACAAAACAGGGACACCAUGUACUGCCAUUUCCUUUUGUCUCCAGAGAAAAAAUGAAGUACUGGUGGCCCUUGCUGAUAACUCAUUAAGGUGCUAUGACAUAGGUAGGUAUUGGACAGCUUACAACACUCAUGCCAGGAAAAAGUGAAGAUCAGCUUUCUCACACACUUGUCAGUGAGCUGUUGACCAACAAAGAGCUGUCAUGCAAGGACAGUGGGCCAGUUUCAGCUGACUGUAAACCAACAAUUGGCUGUCAGUUGUGGUAAUCUUACAUGCAUAUCUAAAAGUGAUUGUGGACUAUCGGCCAUGUUGUCAGUUUCAAUUUACAGUGUACCUGUUUGUGACAUGUCCAUACUUUGUUAGUUUGAGGUUGUCACCCUGUCCCCCACCCCACCCUCCCGAAAAAAUUCUUUCCAAACUUUUUGUUGAGCUUACUGGCUUGUAGCCAGUAUCACUCUAUGCUAUUGUUUGCAUAAAAAUGAAUAAAAUGUAAGGUCAUUUCUAUUGUUCUUGUAUGUACAGUAAUGCGUAACCUUCGGAGCUGAAGGGGCUGGGUUUGAUACCUGCUAUCACCCAUUUUUUUUACUAAGUUUUCUAAAGCAUUGUUAUGACAAGGAGGAAUUUGAUACUGAUUGUUCCUAGGGCUGUUUAAAAAGGUUAUGUUCUGUUAUUUUAAAGACAUACAAAUGUAUGGUGUUUGCAUUUGUAAGGAAUGGUCUUUGAAAUAUCAUAAAACAGAAAAUGUGCUCUGUUUUUGACUUGUGAUAAUUCUUGAAUUGGUUUUUUUAUUAAGGUGUUUGUUGAUACAGUUUUUCGGAGACCAUACCGAUAUAUGAAUAUUUUUUUAUUGUUGGUAGAAUUAAACAUUGGAAAUCACAAUGUGGGAAAAUGCAAAUUUUACUAUGUAAACAUUCAAUUAAUAUGUCACAAAUGUGCAUAAUUUCGAAACAACUGGCAUUAGUAUAAAUUAUUACUUUCCCUGUGGUCACCAAGCAAACCUUACCUGCUAUAAGGGACUUGAAGCAUGUAACAAACAGUGACAAAAAGUGCAUAUGGCAAUGCCAAUUAGAAGUUGCUACACAACGUGACUGCCUUCAAGAACGAUUUUGUUUUGCAUGCACAUGAUUUUUGCACAGAGUAUUCAUUGCCAGUAAGUCUCAGAGGACUAAUUUUUAAUAUACACUGUAAUAAGAACUGUUAAGGCAAUGAGUGUAUUGAACUAGUUGUGACACCUGCACAAUCCUAGGGAGAAUAGACCUGAGAGGCCUGUGGUUGUUCCGACAUUGAGAUUACAUACAGCUGUACCCCUUCUCUGUGGGCGAGAUCAGGACUGGCUUGAAGUUGAAUGUAGAUUUGCUACUGCUAAAGUGUACAUAAUGUACUCCUGAAAAAUUAAUUAUCUGACUUCCCCACACUUCAUAUACAGUCAAACCAUUAAUUUAAUACAGACACUGAGGCAGCCAUAGAAAUUAAGUGUCUGUAUUAACAGGGUGUCUGUUUUACUUGAAUUAAUUAAUUAUUUAUUAUUUAUUAUUAUUAAUUAUUAAUUGUUAUUAUUAUUAUUAUUUUUUUACUAUUUAUCCCAUUUUAGAGUCUCAUGAAUUAGUAAGCUGGAUGCGAGGCGAUGACUCGUCAAUCCACAGUAUAUCAGUCCAUGCUUCAGGUCGUUAUGCACUUACGUCAUCUAACUCUAUAGCUCAACUUUGGGACCUUGACACAUUUUCUCGCAAGAGGACAUUAAAUGGAGCUCAGACUGUUGGAAUUCAACAGGUCAGGAUUUAAUUGUACAUGUACCAUUAAUUUGUUUUGUUUUGUUUUUUAACCUGUUGCCAGUUUUUUUAUUAUUUAUUAUUUUUAAUUAUUAUGUACUAUUCACACCUGUUUAAGAUAGGAAACAGAUACUUGUACACUGUAUUAGGUUUCUCGACAUACAAUAAAUAAUUAUUUGGUAGACUUUACAUGGACCAUUGAAUGCAGUUGGAAAAGCAAGGAGCUGUUGUCUGGAGAAGAGAUGCAGAAAAGGAGCAAUGCUACAUACAUGUAAUACAUGUAGCUGGUUUUAAAGUUUGUAGGAUAGGUUCACAGGCAGACACUCACUACUUUUACUGUUGCUCGACAACAAUACCAGGCUUCUUGAUGGUGAGGGAAAACUACACUGUAACAUUCUCUAUAAUUCCUUUUUUUCUCAGGUCCUUUUCUUACCACUGAGUAACACUAUUGUCACCUGUUUCAAAGAUGACAGUUUGUUUGUGUGGGAUUCAGAAACACUCAAGUGUAAAUUUCAGUUGCCAGUUCCACCACAGGAGAGCAAGCAGCAUCAUUACAGGGCUUUAGCAACCCCUAGGGACGGAAGGUUGCUAGUUGCUGGGGGAAGGUGAAUCCUCUAUGAGAUAAUUUUUGCUAAUUAUUGCAUUUUAAUAGCUUAUACCCCUGUAUGCACUGUGUAGCUACAUGUAUUUAAAAUUUGUACAGUAGAUCUACACCUUCCAAGAACUUUUGAUCAUCCGUAGUUUCAGAACUGAAGAUACAUGUAACAUGUUCAAAUUAGUUUACAAGUUUUCACCUAUUGCUAACUUGUUUUCAUCUUUGAAUCAAAGUACAGAAUAAUAUAAUGAUAAUUAGCCAGCUAUCUCCUGUUAUCAUGUUUUGGUUGAGUUGUACCUGACCAUAACUGUACAUGUUUUUUGGAAAAAAAAUCUCUUCAGAUUUUCAUGUAUACGUAUAGGAUUGAUGUAUGAAUUCAUGACUCGCAUGUUUUACGCAUGUUAGAUUUUGAAUGUAAAAAUUUUGUACAUUUGUAUAUCACUGAUGUUCUUUUAAUUUGCAUGUAAUUAUAAUCAUUUUUGAGUGCCAUUUCCAAAUCACUUGACAGAAAACUGUAAUGAUAAAUUUUUCUUUGUACAUGUAACUAUCCAGAUCUAGAUUUCUCCAUGUGUGGAGUCUAGAGAACAAGAGUCUUCUUCAUGUCAUUCAGCUUCCUGCAAAAGUGCGACUUGUAAGGCAACUAGAGUUCAUAAACAACACCUUUGAUGGAGGCACAAGUCAGGUAAUAGAUUGCAUGUGCCACAAAUAUUGAUACACGGUCCUACACAUUGAAAACAGCGGGUCUAAAUCACAAGUCACUUUUCCACCUGGUCAGGGCACAGGUUAGCAUGAUACAGAUAAAUCAAGGGCAUUAAAAGUGUCUCCUAGCCGUAAUCUCUUUAACAAAAAUGCUCUAUUAGAUCCAGGGGAUCUGUGUGGUUUGGUAAGUUAUCAAUGGAGCAGUGACCUGUACUCUUGACCUGUGGAGUGUGACCUGUACUUUAGACAGACAACAUUGAAGUCCGGUGGCAUAAACCGCGGCAGGAUUAGCUCAGUCGGUAGAACGCUUGACCGUAGAGCAGGAGGUCGUAGGUUCGAUUCCCGGGGCUGGACCAAUACUCAGGGUCUUAAAAUAACUGAGAAAUGAAGGUACUCCCUUUGCCCUGCAGGCGGCUGGACCUUUGCGUGACUCGGAUGACCACAUAAAAUGGCGGUCCCGUCUCCGUUAGGAGACAUAAAAUAUAGUGUCCCCAAUUAGCACUUUCGUGCUAAAUACAUUGACACUCAAAUAAGGUGCUUAUUAUUAUUAUUAUUUCUUUGCUGGACUUGGGUUCUAAUUCUCACCACAUGUUUCCCUUCUCCUGCAUGUUAAUGAGACUGUCGUUCUCUAAGAAGGCUUAAACUGGGUUAAUGAAAAUAAAGUUCUUGUUGUUGGUGGUGAUGUUUUUCUUCACUCCAAAUACUUGUAAGUAGUCUACAACGCCUGUAAUUUUUGUUAAUAUUAGAAAGGUUAAGGAUCCUGACUGUUUUACAUGUAACUGGGCAAAUACAUGUAUCAAACGGCAAAAGGCAGAGGUGAUCAUGAUUGCUAAUGAACAUGUAUCUAACUCAAGUGAUAAAAACUUCAAUUCUUGUACCUGGAAAGUCUAGCAAACAUAAUAUUCUAACUGGUGAAAAAAAAAAGUGGUUUCAAGUUGUCAUCACUGCCUUGUGCUAUCAACACUGGAGUGUAAUGCCUCAGUCUCUCUCUGUUGUAAUUGAACUCUUUCAUCAGACCCUAGGUGUGUUGUCUCAAGAUGGCUUCCUGCGUUUUAUUGACAUUCAUGCUUGCAAGCAACUGUUUGAAAUAGGUGGUGCUGAUGAGGUACUGUAUCCUAAUGAGAAAGUUUUAAUUUGCUCUCCUUUUUUAUUUUUUUUCAUAUUAUUUUUUCUUUUUUUCUUGACUUGGCUUGCUUUUCCUUUACAUUUGUAGUCCUUUACUAUUUUUAUGAGCGUGAACUUCUGUCUUUUAUUCAUUUUACCCAUCGCUAACUGUGUCAUGUUUCCUAUUUAAUAGCACUUUUCUCCAGCAAGCUAAACUAUUUUACACAUACAUGUAAACCCAAAUGUACGUUGAUUACCCCCCACCCUCCCUCCCUUCCCAGAAUGUUUUUUUUUUUUCAUUUUCUAUCGGGAUGACAGUAAUACCCAGGAGAAAUUGGAAACAAUGGUUUUGAAAAUUAUUUUUUGGGUAAACAAGGUGCAUUAUAGUCUACAUCCAUGUGAAAAUGGUGAAUACAAAGUAAUUAAUGAAAAUAAUGUUAAAAUUAGUGUAAACAGCCCAAAUGUACAUCGCUGUUGUUUUAAAAUAUCCUUUUCUAUACAAUUUCAUGCAGAUGAUUAGUAACUUCAGCAUCAGUCCCAACGGACGGUAUGUUGCUGCUGUAAUGGACAAUGGAAACAUUAAUGUCUACAGUGUUCCCGCGUUAUCUCAACACUUUACCAAGGUAAUUUGUACAGUGCCGUAUGUGUAUUCCCGACCUCAAUAAAAAUUAGGGAGUUUUGGUAACGGCGACGGCGACAGCAACGGCAACGAGAACGUCAAACAGCAAUAGGUUUAUUAAGCAAAACAACAAGUUUGCACGUGCAUCACGCUUUUUUGUACAUUUCUUUGCCGUUUCUGCACGAUUACGACGCGAAAAUGCCUAAAUUCACGUUUUAUGGAGGACGUAAACAAGCGACGACGAAACCCUCUUUCAAUUUCUAAACUGGAGAGCGGUCCCCAAGAAUUCAACUCCAGCCAAAUUUGCCUACAUUAGACAUUUUCAGGAAAUUAGAAUAAAUGCGACAAAGUUUCAAAAACCGCUAAUUCGUUUUACAAGUGACGUGUUCGCUGUCGUCGCCGUUGUCGAUGCUAAAACUCCCUAACAUUGUAUGUUGCUCCUGGAUGCCUAUUGCAGACCUGCACUAUGUGUGCUUUUUUAACCUGAUAGUUGUAUACGAAAGUUUAGUUCUUGAGUCGCCAUUUUUGGCACUAGGAACCAUCUUGAUACAUCGCAAACAGUAAAAAACCUUAACCACCAUCGUGCAUGCUUGACAAGUUUGACAAUCAGUGGAAUAGAGAGUGGAAUAAAAUAAGUGCAGAUAUUAGAUUGAGUUCUUGAUUUAUCUUUACAACAGUACCAUAAUUAUCAUUCAUAGUAGGACAAUGAUAAUUUUGUGGUAAGGAGAACACACGAAUCAUACUAGUUAUCCGGGACAGCUGAAUGUACAUGUCUACCAGAUAACAUUUCUGCUCACAGUGUUCCAUGGACAAAAGUCCAGGCAAGUCAUCUUAAAAAAAAAUAAUAAUUCACUGACCUACUGGGCGAGGAUGUAAUAGCCUCUGGGCAAGCAAAAAUUUCUUCAAGAGCUCUGUUUAAGGGCUAGUUCAGUACUCUGUUGGACAUGACUCUUUGAACGCUGCAUUUUUUGACAUUCUCGUUGUCGUCUACGUUGUGACGUCUUAAAAUCCGUGAAUACGUCACGUAGAGGUAUAUAAAGUUAAUAAGUCUCGUUUAUUUUUAUUUUUUUAGUUGUAAUUAUAUUUCACAAGAAAAAUUAUAAGUACACUGUAACAUGAUUCGACGUUUCUUUGUUAAAUGCUUUAACAUUAGCAACUGACCAUCCGAUAUAAUAUUACAUUACUACAUUAUUACUAUGUACAGGGUGCAAAGAAAGCAUUUACUAGCCCAAAAGUCAUUUUAACUAGCAGUUGUUUUGAUGAGCUACAUUUUUUUUAGUUUUUUGGUGAUUUGAACGAACUUCACUUGCCCAUGGAGCAAGUUAAGAACGGAAUUCGUUAGUCCAGUAGCAAAAUCCACUAGCCUCGGACUAUAGGACUCGCCCUUCUUUGCAUGCAUGCUGUAUUGCUGUAUUAACAUCUAGUAUACUGAAGGUCACAGUUAUGUUGCUUCUGCUUUCUUGCAGCCACCCCCACCUCUGGUAAAAACUGUCUGGGAAGAGAGACCAUCAUCUCGGCAAAGUGGCAAGUCAGGUCGAUCACUUGGAAGUACCAUGACAAAGGUUGGAGGAACAGCAAAAAGGAGUAAGGUCAAGUCUCCAGCCAAAACAACUGCUCAGCGUAUUGAUGUGUCUGCAUCUUGGACCGGUCCAGAUUCAGGGAUUGAGGUGUGGUGCCAUAUAGUUUUAUUUUUUUAAUUUCAAACUUUUAUUAAGCGUUACAAUACUAAAGUUACAUGGCAUUGCAUAACAUUGCAUUACAAUACAUUAGAAAUACAUUACAUUGCACUAUAAACUUUAACACAGAAGUAAACAUACAAGAUGGAAAACGUUCGGAGUACACACGUUAUUAGGGUGCAGAGUCCAAAGGCAAAGCCCACUUGUUAAUGAAUGUGUCGAUUUUAUUUGUUUUAACUCAAAUACAUGUAGACUUUUCUCUGUUUCAUACUUAAUUUUAACCUUGGGUGAAAACUAAUAAAGGCAGUUAUACUAACAUGGAAGAGUCUGAUUUCUUCCUCAACCCCAUGAGUAUAGUUUAGCGAUCAGUAUCAAAUAAUUAGGCAAAGGGCAAUUUGUAUUUAAUAAUCCUGUAAUGACGUAUGGUGCCAUAAAGUUAAAAGAAAAACAACUAAACAGAACCAGGCAACCUUCUGAUAAAGUUUUUAUUUAAGGACAGUUCUGAAGCAACAUUUCUUGGCCUUCUCCUUCAUAAACAGAAAAUUAUUUAUUCUUUUUAUUUAUUAUUUAUUCUUUGUUUAAAUAAAUAAUUUAAUCUUUAUCAAAUAUUAUCAUAUCCUCGCCUCAAACAUAGGAAAAUGUAAUGUAAACCACAAGUAAAAUUGAACCACACGAUGUUUAUCCUUGAAUUGAAAACAAUCCGAAAAAUUUCAAACCCUGUUAAGUUACAAACAGCAAGUUGAUUGUCUCAGUGUUAUACACCUAUAGAACUUGAAGUACUUACACACAUUAAAGAGUGGUAUUGUCCCAAGUUCAAACAAAGUUACCUCUUGUACUUUGAAACAUUGUGUUAUGGUAUACAUGUAAACAUGUGCAUACGGUUACUCAACUGAAUUUUUUACAUUCUGAACUGUCUUACACAGACUGAACUGCCAGAAGGCCUCAAUCAAACAAGACUCAAGUCAAUUCUUCAAGGUUAUGGAGAAUAUCCUGCUAAAUACAGGUACAGACAGUUUAAAGAUGAUUUGAAUUGAGUUUUUGCCUACGUGAUAAUAUCAUGUACAUCAGAAAUAUUGCUACAAUGCAACCUUUCAGUGUUGGUACUGAUGCUUUAGCAGCGGACUCAGGACAGUAAUGUUAUCGCAUUUUUUGGCAAUUUUUUCGGGGAAUUAGCAGAAAUAGGCCCCUCCAUCAGGAACCCACUUGUAGUUUAAACCGUUAUUUUCACUUGUCAGGCGAGAAUUUUUUUCCUUCACAGCUAUUCGGCUUGACCGCUAUCUCGUUGGGUCAUCUUUUUUCGAAAGAGAACUAUUAAAUUCUAUCAAGUUACUAGUGGUGACGUUUCCGGUUAAAAAUUUCGCAUCUCUCAGGUGCAAACAAAGUUUUAAGAAAGAAAAAUUGGUACGUACAAACUUUUAAAAUUUAUUGCCUAUCUCUAUUUUCUGUUGAAGUGCGAACAGGCCCAUAUGCGAGUUACAGCAAUGUACCGGGUAUAGUGUACGUCGCUCGUUUUGCUUCAAUACCUUUUUAUUUGUUAAUUAAACUUUGUUUACCACUAAACAAACAGUAGAAUACAUUGCAUGAUCCUAUACAAUACACUAGUUAACAACAGUAGUGUGCUAAUUGCACUAAUUACAAUACACAAUAACGAAAAGAAAAGGGAAAAAAUUUGAAAGGUGGAAAGCUGGUAGUUGAGCACAAUUUCUCCUUUAAGGGACUAAUGAGAGAAUUCAGUAACGAGGAGUGCGAAGGAGAACUUUCAAGAAUGCUUAAUAAUGUUAAACGGUACAGUCUUAAAAGCGAGCAGGACAUUCAGGGAUUGGUGCAAUUACUCUUUUGCCUACGACUUGUCGGGAAAAAAAAUUAAUGGUGAAGAAAGUGACUAAAGGUUGCCACUUCUUUCAAAAAGAAAAAAGAGACUUGAGGACCUUCAACCUUCCAACCUUUCCACUAUGUGAACUAAAUUACGCCACUACUCUGGGGGAAUAACCACACAUAUUAAUAAACAACAACAACAAAAAACAAAAACAAAAAGAAAGAAAGAAAGAAAAAAUACAAAGAAAUGCAGCUUGCUGGCAUACAUUGUUUUUGCAGGAUGUUCAUUUGGCGGUCACUUCUUAAACUUCCCGAGAACCAUGCGGCUUACAGUAGCUUGGUAGACAAAGGAACACACACUGCUUUUGCAAGACUGCAUGAAGAAUACCCAAUAAAGAGCAGGAAACUUCUUAGAGUGCUUCAAAGGUUCGUACUAACCAGUAACGAUCUCCACAUGCCAUAUACACUAUAGUCUACGACAGUCCCUAAUUUUCGUGAGAGAUUGUAGAACGAGCAAAAUACGCGAGCAGGCGUCAAAAUCAGCUCCCGUGAGGAUGGUGAAACACUUUCUUGGCCUGCGUUGCUCCAGGAUUUGUCACCACCUCUGCUUCAUUCCACAGGUACUGUUUUGUUUUUUUAAGCUUGCGCCGCCAAAAGCAGUACUCCUUCACUCUGAUCCCGCUAACUUUGAAAGCAACACUUCCGUCCAUAUGUCACCUUCGUCGUGAGUUGCGUUUUACAAGCAGGCGUGCGUUCAAGUAUGUUGCUCGCUUUACUAUCCUUAAGAAAAAAAUUAAGAUGGAGUCCCCUUAUUCGUAGUCCCUAUACAUUUUGAUCAUGAAUUUACAGUGGAACCUCGUUAAUACGGUCACCAAUGAGCCAAAAAAAUUUGGCCGUGUGAACGAGGUUUUUUUAACAAGAAAAUGCAUGACCGCUUUGCAGGGCGGCCAAAACAAGUGGCCGUAAUAACGAGGUGACCGUAAGGACAAAGGAACCACGUCAAUACAGUCAUCAAUGGGCCCAAGAAAUUUGGCCGUAUUAACGGGUCACCGUAUUAAUGAGGGUUUUUUUACAAGGAAAUGUUUGACCGUUUUGCAGGGCGGCCAAAAAAAGUGGCCCUAAUAACGAGGUGACCGUAUUACGGAGGUGGCCGUAAGGCGGGAUUCCACUGUAGCCAGUCGUAGGCAGUUCAUGACAGUAUAAUCUGGUACAACUAUUACAACCAUUGAUUUUUAAUGUCGCAGAAAAGUCACUGGUUUUCUAAAACGUAAGGAAAUUCUCUUUUCAGGUUGCCCCCAAAUAAAAGGCUCCCGUCAAACGCGUACAAGUUCAUGUUAUCCCCUUACGCAAUCAAACAAGCCCCACCCACCCUCCCAUCCCUGCUUUCAAGGAUUUGCUCUGUUUUCUAAACAAGUAAACUUUCAUUUAUGCGCAGUCUACUAACUACAGUGGAACGUCGAUAUAACCAAAGGCCAAGGGACUGGCAAAAUUUGUUCGCUGUAACGAGCUCUCGUUAUAUCGAGGUUUUUUUUCAUGUACAGUCGACUCCCGAUAACUCGAACCUUCAGGGGAAAUCGAAAAAAGUUCGAGUUAUCGGGAGCUCGAAGAAAUAGCCGAGAGUAAGGUAAAAAAACAGUUUUUACUGCGCAGUGAACAUUUUAAUCACCUUUAAUUGUAAAAAUGUCAAGUGAAAAUUAAAAGAUACUUCUAGAUUAUAAAUCAGAACGUAACGUAACAAACCAUAGCCUAAAUAGAGCAUGCGUUUUACUGUUUUGAGAAGUAAAGCUGCUUCACGUUAGCCUGUGACAAUCAAUAUCAGCCUCCACUAGUAAACUAUACUCCUACAACACGUCAAUAGGAAGUCCAAAAUUCAAUGUUUCGGACGCCAGUAGACGGCUUUUUUCCCGACUUUUUAAGGACUCAAAACAUGAUUCGAGUUAUCGAGGGUAAAAUUAUAUAGAAAAUGACCUGAGGGGAAACGAAAAUUGGUUCGAGUUAGCGGGAGUUCGAGUUAUCGAGGGUUCGACGUACCGAAGGUAAAAUUACAGUGAAUGUAUGACGAAAAUCCAAAGGGAAUCGAUUUUGGUUCGAGUUAGCGCGAGGUUCGAGUUAUCGGGAGUCGACUGUAUUUUAAUAUUACAGGGGUAAAGAAAAUCGUAAAUGAGUAAAAACUAUUUUUGUUAAUUUGUUUUUGUAGAACAUUAUCAGCAUUGGCCCACUGGUCUUCCAUAUUUGGAGAAGUUGAUUACCUCGCUCUUUUGUCCUUUCCAUUUGUUAAGCUGUUCCAGAACAAUCAGUUGAUCUGUUUUGAGAUGAUAGCAACGAUCCUCAGUAUGUUAUGUUAUACCUUCUUACAGUAAUACUUUAGCCCCGCACUCCUGAGAUUCUUUUUUUAUAGCCAGUUUUGUUGCCCACGUUAUCUUCUUUCGUAUGGAAUUGUGGUAGGCUAACUUUCUAGGAAAGGGACAAAUUUAGUCUACAAAGAGUAGUAGGUGAAUAGCGAAAUUGGCAAUGGAUUUUCCCCAAAAUUUUACUUGUUUUUUUUGUAAGGACAUGUAACUCUGUCAAGUUUGGUCAGAAUUUCCAAAAAAAAAGAUCGAUGGAAAGAUCUAUCCUGGCUGAUGUUGCUGCUUACCAACUUAAUAGCUAAAACUGAAAGCUAAAUGAGUCCAGGACUGAAAAUAUGCAUCAUUCCAAAUGGAGCGAAAACGAUCAAAGAGGUUGUCAAAGGGUCUAUUUAAGAUACCUACAUAUAUGUAUCAACUGGCUAAUAUUAUUGACACUCUGCAAAGUAAUUCAGCUUGUUUUUAUCCCGAGAUUGCCUGUCGUCGUCGUUAAUUAAAAUAUUGAAAGUCACCUGCGAAAGAACUGUUUUUAUUAAAUAGAUCCCCAAAGUUUUCCAUGAUCAUCUUGGUCAUGGAAAACUUGAUACUUUUGACAUUACUUUUUGUGUUAAUUAUGUUCAUUUUGAUACUACAGUAGACGCUCUCUUGACUACACUCUCGUAAGCAGACAGCUCUACUUACGACCGCCGUCACAAUACCCCGUUUUAGCCCCUAUACACCCUCUAUUUUUACACACCCGCGAGCGGACAUUUUCGUAAGCUUCUCCGGACACUUUCAGGGUUUACGAGUAAGAUUUUGGCAUUGUUUUUCAGGUCCUUUAAGCGGACGUCCGAACUGAAAUUUCAUUCGCCUCUGAAUCUUGUAUUUUACUAUAGAUCAACCUUAAAUCACUGUUCGUCACAAUGUAUUUAUAUAAAUUUCAGUCUUUGUCGUUUUCACAAACACAUUAUUAUACUUCAAAACACUAGUUAGUGGUAGCCAAACGCUAAUAGCCGAACACUCUUUUUACAUUUCUAAUUUUUAUGUGUAGCGGGGCAAGCUUCCUUAAGCGGCCAUUUAACCCUUUCGCCUCCAGUAGCCGCAUACGAGAACCAUUCUCGUAAGCGGCCAGUUCCAGUUUCAAACACCUUUUUCGCGUUCCGAGGGUGUCCGCUGACGAGCUUCCGCCUUAUUAACUGACAUUAUUUUUUUUUUUUUGUGAAAUUAUCAAUUUUUUGCAGCAAACUGGUGCCAGCAUUGGUUUGAGUUCUUUCCCAACCCUCCUGUAAACAUACUCGGUAUGGUUGAGAAUCUGUUGGUACAUCAUGACAAGAGAAUAAUGCAACAUUUUGUCAGCUGUAACGUCACAUCACAAGUGAGUCCAUUACUUAAGGGAAUUCUCAAUUGACAUGUUGAAAGUAUAAAAAGCCUUGGCAGGGUUGUCACUAAGAUUUCAAGUUGCCAGGUUAAUACAAAAAGUAGGCAGGGAAUCAAACAGCUAAGGAUUUCUUUUGGUUCUAUUUUUCUUCUAUUUUCCUAUGAAAGUAGUCGGGGGCCACGUUCAUAGUAGCCGGGGGAAAUCUCCGGCCCCCGCCUCUUAAUGACUGCCCUGCAGUUGGUUACACACACCGUGGGACAAGUAAUUCCAGGUUAUCCAGGCGGCAUUUUUAUUGCUGUAUAUUUCACGCUCGAGUUUGCUUUUCUCGAUACUUCCCUGUGCACCGUUUUCGCGCGGGAAAUUUCGUAGCCACCCCACUGAUUGGUUGUUUUAUAAUGCUGCUCGCUGUGAUUGGAUGAAAAAUCUCUAGUACCAUCAUCUUGGCCAUUCAAAAGUAAACCAAAACUCGUCUUGACUUCAACUGAUACUCACUUGCGUUCUCCCGCCUUUUGGCGCCGGCCGCUACAUAUAGUCCCGCUUUUUUGACGCCCCUGUUGCCGUUUUCGUCGUGGUUGCUUGCAUGAAUCUGCCUUGACACUUGAUUGUUUUUGUCGUUUUACUAUAUCACCGUAAUUACUUUGCUUUUGAUAUUAACAGUAACGAAAAAACUAAUUGUUAAACGUGUUUAUGUCCAGUAUCAGAUGCAAUCGUUGUUUUGUUUUCAGAUAUACGCCUGGCCGCUGUUACAGACUCUGUUAUCAGAGGUGCUUACCAAGGAUGAAUGGCUUAGGGCGUGGGACAACAUCUUUUCCAACCAUCCUUCAUUCCUUCUAUUUGUAGUAGUAGCUUAUGUCAUCGUUUCACGUAAGGUCCUGCUUCAGUGCUCGAGGAGAGAAGAUUUCGAGGUUAGAAUGAUUUAAACUUUAAUAUGAUUAUGGCACCGAUAAAUGCCGAAAGCCGCAGCAAAUUUUUCGGCACCGCUGGAAAGAGUGCCUUAAAGUUAGCAAACUGGCCAAAUUGGAAAGAGAUACGUCUUAAGUUUAAUAUGCUAUCAGAGAGCUUAGCAACUGCGAUGACGAAGCAGACAACGGCAACGAUAACAAUAUAGAAAGGCUUAUUGAGCAACACAACAACUCCGUACAUGCAACACAGUUCUUUUUGAACCAAAACUUUUAACGCAACUCUUGGAAACGUAGGAGAACAGGAAUAAUCGCAAUGAAUUGGUUUGAAAGAAAGGCAACGCUUUCUGUACAGCACUGUUGUUGUUGUUGUUUCGAGUGGUGAGCGAAGCAAGCCGCGAGGGGCGCUUUUGCGUGCCGCUCUCAUUUGACUUCUUACUUGACCAUAUUCCAUCAAAUGGAGAGCUUGCUCUCAGGAUAAGCGCUGAAUGAAAGUGCAGAGCGCGGGAAAAAGCAUGGGCAAAAGCAACAAACAUAAGUGUUUAAUUGGUUAAGACAGGUAUGCAAGAUUUAGUAGCCAAUCACAAAGUACGGCAGUGCGUUACAUGGCCACAGCCGCGUCAGUGAACACCGCCUUGUGUAUCUAAACACACUGUCUUUGUUUUCAACACAAUUUUUUCCCUCCAGUAUUUCUUUCAUAACCGGAAUGCGGUAGAGGUUGGCACAGUGAUACGUGAAGCUUAUCGUUUACAAGAGAGCACUCCAGCAGAAGUGAACCCAAAGAGAAUGCUUGAGCCUUUCACUCCACUCACCAAAGGGCAAUACCCAAUCUUCAAUAAAUACCCCAAGUUUAUUGUGGAUUAUCAGGUAAGCUGUUGACCGUCAUUGAAUUACUGCACUUUAAGUUCAACUGAAAGUUGUUGGAAGUGAACAUUUAACUUAACUACAAGGGCAUUUUUUUGGUCUCUAAAUGUUUCGUCGGCAAAUGUCAUUUUGGUCUACAUUGUUACUUUUGUCGGCAGGUCCAAGAAAGGGAACGUAUUCGCCAGGAGGAGCUCGAAUAUUUGAGGCAGAGGUAUGUAAUGUCUUAUGUGAAG